AUGUCAAACGAACUUUGUAAACAAAAGGAGAGUUAAUAAUAAAAUAAUACACAUAAUACAGGCAAUAAACUUUACGAAUCGAAAGAAAUGUACCAAAAUACUUGCGGCGCUGCGGCCGCCAGCGCCGGGGUGUGUGUCGAAACGGAUUCAUCACAUAAAGAAUAUCACGGUUUGAUUUCUAGGGAGGCCCAAGUGCCCGCUGUAGAAAACGAUUAUAGUGGAUUUGAUGUAGUUAAAGGGACCCAGUAUGGAGCAUUCAGUAGAGUCAAAGAACUCAUUGAAGCCGGAUAUGAUGUCAAUCAAAGGGAUAAUGAAACUGUUACAUUGCUGCACUGGGCAGCAAUUAACAAUAGAAAAGAAAUCAUGAAAUACCUCAUCGAUAAAGGAGCUAUAGUGGAUGCAGUUGGAGGGGAGUUAAAUGCCACACCAUUACAUUGGGCAACAAGACAGGGUCAUUUGGAUGCUUGUGUUAUUUUAAUGAAUGCAGGUGCUGAUCCAAAGCUGAGAGAUGCUGAGGGUUGUUCUUGUAUACACUUGGCUGCCCAAUUUGGCCAUACUGCUUUGGUCGCCUAUUUUGUCGCCAGAGGUGAAAACCCAGAUCUCACAGACCGAACCGGAAUGACCCCAUUAAUGUGGGCCGUUUGGAAAAUAUGCAGCCUCGAUCCUACAAGGUUACUUCUUACAGUUGGAGCAAAUCCAAACUUGACGGAUUUCACUCAGGGAAAUACAGCAUUACAUUGGGCCAUUAUGGCCCGAAAUACUACAGCAAUAUCCACCCUAAUACUACAAGGCAAUGCUAAUUUAAAUAUUCCGAAUAAUAGAGGAGAAUCCCCUUUGCAGAUGAUUCAGUCGCAAGUAGGAUCUAUGUGGAUUAGCCCUAAAGUAUCUGAGCUUAUCAAAGAGCAUGCGCAAGCGCAAUCUUCAAAGAAUUUUUUAUUAAAGUUUGCUAGGGAUAAGAGAAUACGAUGGUGGGGUAUGGUUGGUACCCCUUUUAUGGCCUUUUAUAUCGCUGGCGUUAUAAUGGGAACGAACCUUCUAGUCAUUAUCAAAAUAUUUCUUUUAGUUUGUUUAUAUAUUGUUAUACAUUAUUUAGGACAAGUAUUUUAUGAUGACCGCUUGAUGGCUCUUUUGCCUUUAAGCAUAUAUUUAUCAACGAAAAUGUGGUUUUAUUUCACCUGGUUUAUUUAUAUUGCUCCAGUUGCAAGCUUUAUGACUACCUUCAUCUUUUUAUCCAGUUCUAGUCUGUUAUGGUAUAAUUUUAUAAAAAGUUGGUUGGGCGACGCUGGAGUCGUUCCAACGAAUAAGGAGUUACAGUUUAGGACAAUUUUGAACUUAGCGGAAAAGGGUCCGGGAGGUUUUGAACCGUCAAGUUUCUGUUCGGCCUGUUUGGUACGAAGGCCGAUAAGGUCGAAACAUUGCUCUAUUUGCAAUCACUGUGUAGCUAGGUUUGAUCAUCAUUGUCCAUGGGUCGCAAAUUGUAUAGGAUCUAAAAAUCAUAAAUACUUCAUCGGGUUCCUUGCCUGUCUAGUGAUGAUGUGUAUACAAGUGAUACACGGAGCAACGAUUUAUUGGCGCAACGAUCCGGGCUGUCAUGCCCUCGACGAUCGACAGAAUCGCACUUUUUGGGAAACGGUUUUGGCGGUGGGUCAGUGCGAUACAUGGGUCGCCUGGGUUGCCGUUAAUGCGGCCUUCCAUGGCGUUUGGGUCUUUAUGCUGCUCGUGUGUCAGCUGUAUCAGAUCGUAUUCCUGGGAAUGACAACCAACGAGCGCAUGAACAAAGGCCGUUACAGUCAUUUCAUCGCAAACCGCGGCAAAAGCCCGUUCUCGAAAGGUCCACUCCGCAAUAUUUUGGAAUUUUUCGAGUGCACCUGCUUCGGAUGCACGCGAACGGAACAUCAAGAUUGGCUGGCCAGUUUUGAUUUCGACGACAAGUCUAUCGAACGCGAGCCUUUGCUUUCCCAUAAAGAUACUUAUCAUGACGUAUGAGAAAGGUGUUACAUCCCUAUGAGGAGGAUGAGCUUUUGAGUAUAACUGCACAUAAUUCUAAUGUAGGGUAAGAUGUGUGUAUCGAGCAAAUGUUAAGUAGGUUUUCCUCAGUUGUUUGAGAUCUAGAAAAGCUCUCUCGUAAAGGAAUAGCUCUGGAUACUGGUUGGUGUGUGAAUGUGUAGGGUUGACUAAAAAGACUGACUAUGCCUAAAAGAAAACGCAGAGCUUUUUCUAGUCUUCCUUUGUGUGAUCGACUGCUUACUAAAUAUAUUUGCCUACUACAUUCAAGGUAACAGUGAAACGCGAGAGUGCUUACCCUGAUGUAUUUUAAGGUGCUGUAUAAGAGUAUAAAGUAUGUGCCAGUUUGCCCACAUAAUAUAUAAAUCGCUUUGUGUAUACCUUAACUUGAAAAAGCUUAUAUUUUUUUUUAGUAACUCUUGACUCUUUUUUAUCCCAUUUAAAUUAAUUUAUAGACUUUUUUCAUCAUGUUUGAGCAUUUAAACUAAAUCUACGAUGAAGGUAGUGUAAAGCACCGUGGUUUCUACUUUACUACGCUACUAAUAAUAUUCUUCUAUAAAUAAACGAAAAAAUCAAAUAAAGCAAUUUACAGAGUAAAUAAAAGAUUAUUGGUAAGUAACCAAGUGCCGAUUUUCGCAAAUAUCCCAUAAAGAAGUUACUUAAAUCAAUAUUAAAAAAAAAUCUAGUAUAAAAAAAUAGUGAAUUAUACAACUUUAAAUAUAUACAAUUACAGUAGACUCGCGAUAUAGUGAACUAAUUAAUGCACAUCCAGUUUACUAUAUCGAUUUGUUCACUCUAUCAAUUUUUUUUUAAUGGACGUAUUAAAGCAACGUUUGUCUUUAGAAAACUAACUUUAUUAAUGCGAAACAGAAAAAAUAUUACAUAUGAAAUUAAAAUAAAAUAAAAAAACGGCAAUCUAAUCUAUUUUUUCAAAAAAUUAAGUAAUUUUUGUUUUUAGUCCUGUUUGCACCAUCGUAUUUCUUAAGUUUUGUAAAACGAGUAUACUAGAAUAUUCCACCUUAUCUUCAUUUUCUUCGGCCCAUUGAAGGAUGUUGUUAAUCGACUUUAUUGCCGAAUUUGUUGUCACUCGUUCCUUAUUUACUACCAUUUCUUCUUGUACUCCAUCAUCUUGAUCGUUUCCAUCACUUUCACUUUGGUCAUUAGUUUCUUUUGUGUCAGGUAAGUUAUCUUUAUUCCAAUCGUCUACAUCAAUAGGUUGAAUAUGAACUUCUGGAUUAAAAGUCUGCAAUAAAGUAAUGAUUUCUGAUCUCACUGUAUCAAUGUCUUCAUUUCUUAUUCGGCUCCGUAAAACACUUAAGGGGAUGUUAUCUUCCUCAUCGUCAACUUCGUCGGCUAAUGGUAAAAGUAAAUUAUGCCAGCAUUUUUCUAUAACUUCAGGACCCUAAUUUCUCCACGCCAAAGCCAAAUUUAGAAUGGCGUCCUUUAACGAAAUAUGUUUUAGAGCAUCUCCGAUAUUAUCCUGGUUAGUUCCAAUAAUUUGUGAUAACAAAUUUUUUCGAUAAAAUAGUUUUGUCAGACGAAUAGCGUUUUGGUCCAUUGGCUGGAUUAGCGGAGUAACGUUAGGUGGCAUAUAAACAGUGAAAAUGGAACCAUCAUCACUUCUUAGCUGUUCUGCAGGUGGAUGGCUUGCUGCGUUGUCCAAGUUUAAAUUCUUAAAAGGAAUAAAAAAAGGGCGUAAAUUUGUAAAAAUCGUAGUUCAAAAUGACUGAAACCAUUUUUUCUAAUUCUCGAGAUACAAAGAGGGUAAAAUUUAAAACGUCUUCCUAUGACAAAACUUACCUCAGGAAUAAACAUUCGGUGAAACUAUUCUUUGAAAAUUGCUGCCGUCAUCCAAGCAGUUUUGGGAGUUUCUAUAAUGGACGGGACAGUUAAAAUUUCGAAACGAACGUGGAUUUUUUGCUUUCCCAAUAAUUAAUGGUUUAACUUUAUGAGUACCUGCAGCGUUUGUGCAUGCUAGAAAAGUCUCUCUUUGUUUCUCGGUUUUCCUAACUGGGGCAGUUUUUUCUUCGCGAGCUACAUAUGUCUUUCCGGGCAGAAGUUUCCAAAACAAACCAGUUUCAUCGGCAUUGUAAAUCUGUUCUUUUGUUAGCUGAAGCUCAUUUAUUUUUAGGCGUAAAGUUCUUUUAAAAGGAUCAACAAGCUCGGGUUCUGACGAUAAUUUUUCUCCUGAAAUCGUUAGGAAGCGUAUUCCAAAACGUUUUUUAUACUUUUGCAUCCAACCACUGCUCGCAUUAAAAGAAGGAGAUUCCUUGUAUUGACUGUGAAGUAACUUGGCCUUCUCUUGGAUCAUUAAACCAGUUACCGAAAAAUUUCUCUCCCUUGUUUUUAAGAACCACUUAUAUAAAGCUUUUUCCAUUAUAGGACACUCUGAUUGUCUUAAAGUUUUCGCUUUUCCAGGUCCUGUGAAAGUACUGUUGACUCGUUUCAAAAUCUUUAUCCUUCUGUGACGAAUCGCGCAUAUAGUGGAUUUAGCAACACUAUAUUGUCUAGACAAAACGGUCACUCCGACACCUUUCUUUAAUUCUUCUAAUAUUUUGGCUUUAUCGCUUAGGGUUAAAUGCUUUCUAAUUUUUGCCAUAAAUAUUCUGGCGGCGUGACGCAACCUACUGCACCCAAAUACUAAAGAAAACUAAUUGCCCGAAAAGAAACAAACCGUUUAAUAUCUUUUUCUUGUCUUAACUUGUUUGUUUACCCAAUAAAACUAUUGGGUUUACUAUUUCGAGAAUCAAUUUGUUCACUUGACAGAAUACAUUAAGGAAAAAAUGUCUGUUCACUAUUUAGAAUAGUUCACUAGGCAGUGUGUUCAGUAUAACGCGAGUCUACUGUAUUAAGUAAUAACUAACAUCUCUGCAUCACAACUGCCCAGUUUGGUGCGUGUAUAAAUUAUUUCUUGUAUUAUUUUUAAAUAAAUGGCGAGGAAGGGUAAAGUCCACAUGAUUCAUUGCCAUUGCCACAUUACAUAAAAAAACUUUACGAAAAUGUAUUUAUUAUAUGAAAUACUUCUGUCUUAAAUUGAAAUUGCGAACUGCCGGACAUUAGGAGAAGAUUACUGCCUCGAGAAAUGACGAGUUUUUGACCACGCGUACAUGGUUUUUUUCCUCGGAAAUGGCACUGGGACAUCCCUGAUCCGACAAAAUAACAAACACAAAGCGUAAAACCAAGUAUAUGGCGGACUAAUGUCUUUACUAUUUGUUUAAUUUUUAAGUUAAGUUCUUCGUUAAUGAUUAAGCCAAAUUGUGAAAGUUUAAUUUCUUAUCUAUCUUUCUAAUCCAAGGCAAUACAUUAAUUUAUUAUACAGUCAUUUAGAAAAUUGGAUCUCCAACAUCAAAUUUUGGGCUUAAAAACAUCUUUGUAAUACCAUCCUGGAUUUCUGAGACUGACAUAUAUGUAAAGAUUUCAGUUUUUCUUCAUUUCCAUAUCCCUUUUUCAUUUUUAUACUACUGCUGGGAUCAUCUAGAUUGUGCUUUUCUUAUGAUAUUUUAAAAGGAUUUACAAAAAAAAAUACUGGCCAUUAAAUCUUUUAUGUUUUUUCUAGUCCAUCUUUUUGUGUAUUUUUUAAAUUUUAAUAAGUAAGCACUUAAUAUUUCAUAUUUUCGAGCGUUUUGAAGAAACCGAAAAACCCUUAGCCGUGGUUAUAUUAAAAUUUACAAACCUCUAGUCUUAUUUGAAAUUACAUAAACGUGGUUUAUUCUUCCAGCUAACUUCAUCGCAGAUUAUUUUGGAACGGUAUUCUGUUUAUCCAGUGCGCAUUUAUCCAUUUGAUUGCUUUUGACCCACAAAUCAUGCGAUUUACGCCAAUCGACUUAAUUAAUUUGUAUGUUUUUUCGCUACUAUAGAAAAUAAGUGUUUUUAGUUUCCUAAAGUAGCCCAAAGAAAAUUACAUAGAUUUAAGCUGCUAAAACCUGUUAUACUUUAAAACUGAACCAUUGUAAAUAAGUGAAACAAAAUUAGAUGAUAAAGUGCUUGUUUUGGUAAGGUUCAUUACUUUUCUUAUAAUUUAAUGCUUUUACUUUAUUUUAACUUUUGUUUAGUACUUUUUAUAGUAUUUUCUGUUGACAAUUGAAAUAUGAGAACGGUCCUGCUAAAAAUGUUUUAAAAAAUAACUGUGGUUUUUUGUAUUAGUCCUGAAGAAUAAGUUUUUUAUUAUAUAAGAUACAAAAUAAAACAGUUUUUUUAUUAUUGAAAGAAUGAUUUGAUUUUCUUUGAGGCACUUAAAGCAAAAUAAAUUUAGAGCUAUUAACAUUUUAUUAUUGUUAAUCCUCAGUUCGACGACCAUUGUUAGAAUGUCUCCCAGUGUUUACGCUUUAUUAGUUUUUCUUUUAUUAAUAUUUAUAUUAGUGAAAUAAGUCGACAAGCUAUUAGAUAAAUAAAUAAGUCGAGAACAAGAGCAAAAAAUGCGAGUUUAAUGCACGAACUUAACCUUCUUGAUCACCUAAUAAUUAAUAUUUAUUAUCAAAAGGAUAAAAUUAUUGUAGUAGAAAAAGUACUAAAUUGCACUUUACUUUAUUCUAAGCUCUUGUACAAAGAAUAUUUUAUUAGAAUAAUAGCAGCUACCAAUGCUUAUUUACACUUUAUUGUAUAACAUUCCAUAUUAUAGUUAUAAAUUACAGGAAGAUAUGUAUAAUUUUCACAUUUCUCUGUAAUUUAUAUUAAAAUUUUAACAUCCACACAAUUUUACCCAUACAGUUGUUUCUAAUAUUAAAAUGUUGUGUAAUAGGUCAGUGUUUUCACUAUUUUUAAGCUUUUAUUGUGAUUGUAUAUAAAUUUAUUGUUAAGUGAAAAUGUAGUAAAUUAUGUAAAUGUAAAUAAAUAGGAUCCGGAUCAGUGUCGCGUACAUAGGUACCGUUAGGAUUUAUUGCUGUAUAAAUGUGAUUUUUUUCAGUAGAAAUCUGUCAAAUAAUUUGUAUAUCAGUUUAUGUUCGAGUAUUAACUUUUUAAGCGAUUUUUUUUUUAGAUAGUUGGCAGGUUAUGAUGAGAAUAUAUUUUUUUUUGCUCUCAAAGCUUUGUACCAAAUAUCAGUUUAUUAGGUGUCAUUUUGUUAUUUUAUAGAUUAUACGUUUUUGAAGCUUA